AUGGUCGCCAGUAAUCCCAGAGGCAGCCCAGCAUGCCGAGGAUGGCAAAGACUCCGUAGUAUGGCACAGAAACAGGGAAUCAGCUUUCUCCAUCACGACGUCAAACUACUACACAGUAACCUGUGUCCAGAGAACAUCAUCAUUAAUAGGGACGGAGCCUGGAAACUGUUCGGCUUUGAGUGUUGUGUACCCAACUCCAACUCACAAGACCAAUGUCCACUGUUUGCAUUCCGAGAAUGGGAUUCUGAAGUUCCUCCAGUGUCUCAGCCAAACCUGGACUAUUUAGCUCCAGAGUAUGCCCUCACGAUGAACUGUAGUUUGGCUAGUGACAUGUUUUCUAUAGGAGUUCUCAUACACACGAUAUUCAACAAAGGGAAGCCACUCUAUGAGUGCAAAGAUCAAUUGUCACAGUUCAAGAAGUUUGCUGCAGAGCUGCAGAAGUUUAGAUCAUCUUUACUAGGGAACGUACCAAAUGAACUGCACGAAUAUGUCAAGUUACUGCUGAACUCUGAACCUACAGUGAGGCCUGACCCUGACCAACUGACAAAGAUCCCGUUUUUUGAAGACGUUGGUUGUAUGACUCUUCAGUACAUGGAUUCAUUAUUCCAGAGAGACAAUCUACAAAAGUCACAAUUUUUUAAAGGCCUUCCAAAGAUUAUUACGAAACUCCCGAAGAGAGUCAGUUUACAGCGAAUCCUGCCACCCCUUCAGAAAGAAUGUGUUAAUCCUGAAAUGGUGCCAUUUAUCCUCCCCAAUGUCCUACAGAUCGCAGAACAGAGCUCAGAUGAUGAAUAUCUCUCCCAUAUACUACCGUUACUUAAACCUAUGUUCAAGCUCCGAGAGCCACCACAGAUUCCUUUGAUCUUUAUGCAAAACAUGAACUUGCUGUUGAAGAAGACUCCUCAAA